UUUUCGGGCUCACCAAUAGAAGCUUUGCAAAUAAUCUGCUCUAGUGUGCAAGGGGAGGCGCUCGGCUAAAAAUCGUUUUAUAACUUAUAAGGACUACGGUUCUUGAUACGGAAGAAACUGUACAACAAAUUUGGUGACGUUCAUUUCACAAUCUGGGAUCGAACUCAAAGGAUCUAAGAAAUCAUUAUGGUUAAUUAGUGAAAAUCGUAACAAUAUAUACUGCUUUGUUUUCUAUGCUACACAAACGGCCAGAUGGCAGACAGGAAGUUUUUCUACCAGGUUUAAAUGCAAUAUUUACUGCAACAAAGCAUUCGCAAGCGGCUUAUUAACGAAAAUAUCAUUUAAAAUACCAAUAUUUAAGAAAUCCUGAAGUAACUCAACUAAUGUUUAUGGAUUGAAAUUAAUAAACAGGAAUUAAAAGAUGCCUACUAUUAUUGCUUUAGAUGUGUCCCUUUCCAUGCAACGGCAGAUUCCAGGUCGGAGUGAAGAAAAUGCGCUGACCUAUCAUCAAUUGGCAAUCAAAGGGAUAUCACAAUUACUGGAGCAUUUAUCGGUUACAUCGAAGUUAGAAUACGUUUCACUAAUUACCUACUCAACGACAUCAGAGGUAAAGGUAGAUUUUACACGCGAUUAUGAUACUAUUCGUCAAGCUGUUAAGAAGGUAGAGCCAGGUGACAAACUGUGCCUCAUAAGUAUGUUGAAAAAUGUUGCCAGCAUAUUAUCAACCAAUUGGGGUACUCAAAAUUAUUGCCAGGUUAUCGUAUUCACUGAUUGCGGCUUAGGAUUCGGGAGCACGGCACUCAAAGGCUUCUUCCAAAGCUAUGUCGACAAAGAAAAUGAACCAGAGUUCGACUGGAUUGGGCAAUUGAAAGCAGUGAAAUUAAAUUUUGUCUGCAUGGGAGUUCAAAGUGACUAUUACUUUACACGUGCAUUUCCCGUAUAUCAGCAGUUAAUUGACUUCACUGGCCUAAAAGGUCAACUUUUUAUGCCUAAGUUUGUGAAAGAUGCGGUUGAAGGAACUGAAAAUUCGAAUGACAUAAACAAAUCUUCGACUAUCAUUAGCACUAGUGCAACAGCAUCUACUAUGACAUCUCAUUCCAAUCAUAAAAGUGAACUUGGUCGUACGGCAAUGUUCGAAUUAAUAGAACGUGUUUGUGAGGCAAACUUUAAGCCUUUCGAAGUUACACUUAAAGCUGGUGGCUAUUGUCGUUUAGAAUGUCCAGUAUUAAUAUGGCCACCUCCAGUGCCGCAUAAAAUUGAAAAUGGAGUAAAAACAUUAUUAAAAAUAUCACAAAAGAUAGAGAUUUGCGGUUACUUAUCACUCUCCGAAAUCGGCUCACCCGCAUCUUUGAGUAGACAUUUAGUAAUACCCAAGGUGGAUCGGGAAAAGCCAACACGUCGAUCUUCAGAAAAAUCCGGCUCGUCAAAAUCAUCCAAUUCUGUUACCAAUAGUACUAGCUCUAAGCCUGCUCUAGACAUAAAUCAACCUAACUAUGAAUACGAAAAAUUAGAACAAGAAAUUCGUGAUUUUUAUACAAAAGAUGUUAAAGAUGGCGAUGAAAGCAGCGAAGAUGCAGAAACAAAUGCCACUAAAUCUGGCAGUGGUGCUAUUGUACCAGCAGCGGAAAAAGAAUCAAUGUGUGUACUACUGCAUGGCGCUAUGAAAGUCGAAAAUUUAGCAGCUUUGGUGUUGCUCAACGAUAAUUGGUAUGGUUUCUUAUAUUCAUAUGCUGAUAGUAAGAAAAAGUCCAAUUUGAUGUUAAACAUUUUACCACCUGGUAACAAUGUAAUACCAUGGUUGGGAGAUUUACAAUUAUUGGGCUUUGCCGAAGAUCUCAUGCCAGGUGAAACAAGCGCGUUUCCAGUUAAAGCCGAUAAGCGUUCGUAUUCACAAAGCUUUGUGGUUUGGAUUAAACAAGUCAGUCUGCAAUCCGAUGUGCAAAAAGUCCUUCGCCAUGCAAGAAAAAUGCCGGAGAAAACACAACAUUUCUUUAAAGAAAUGAAUCGUAUAAGACGUGCUGCUCUUUCCAUUGGCUUUAUUGAACUUCUCGAGGCUAUGGCUACACUUUUCGAAAAAGAAAGUGCACAACUUACUUUAGGUACAAAUCCAGAGUGUAGCAUACAGCUGAAACAUGCCGCUAUUGAGUUGCGAAAACCUUCGAAUCGUGAUUUGAAAGUGUCGAUUGUGCCCAUGCAAAAAUUCAGCGCAACAGGUGGUGGACCUGACAAUCCAGCUGCAGCAGGCUUUGCAUACUAGGUAAUAUUGAUGUCUGUCUAUGUUGGUAUAUGCCCAAAAGGUAUAUUAAUAAAAGUAAAUUUCGCUUACCAGAAAUCACGUCAUAAAAAAUGUCUCUAUUGAAGGCAGUGUCGAAAAAAUAUACAAAUUGAUGUAGAUCGUUAACUUAUACCUUUUAUACAAAUUUAUAUAGGAUAUGUACAAUUUAAUUGCAUAUUAAAAGUUUUUUUGUACA